AUGUAUAUACGAUAUGCAACAUACUUUACAUAUCCAGUUUUGACUGGUCUCUUGCCAAUCGUAAUUUCAUUGUUGUGUAGUUUAUUCGCUUAUCAAAAUGUUCGCCGAAUAGUUCGACGACAAAUACCUGUUGCUCGUCGUCGAUUAGAUCGACAAAUAACAGCAAUGUGUUUUAUACGUGUUAUAGCUUUUAUUUGUUUGGCAGCACCUUUUUGUUGUUAUCGAAUGUAUGCUGUUAAUAAUCCUGUUUCACGAGAUAAACCAUUAGAAUUUGCAAAUCGACAAUUAGUACAAGUUAUUUUUGCAUCUAUUGCAUCUCUUAACUUUGCAAUCAGUUUUUAUCUUUUUAUUAUAUCAUCAUCACGUUUUCGUCGUCAAGUAAAAUUUGUACUAGUAAAAAAAUGUUGGAACCGAUGGAAAUAUUUAUGUUGCUUUGGAAACAUUCGAACUACUGCGGAAAAUACAGAAUUAAAUAAUUUCAAUACAGAACUUGAAGAAAUGACUAACUUUACUUCGCAUCAAUAA